UAUAUGCACUCUAAAAGCAUUCAAAAAGAGGAGUAGACGUCUAGUGCACGAAGCGCGCGUGAUCGGGGUGUUAACCUCCCGUGAGAAAUCCUCACUACAAUAGUUGAUAUAUUCUUUUCUUCUUUUUUUUGUUCGUACAUAUACGCGCAAACAUCGAUAAACGAAUCAUAUAACGAUCGAUCGUACACUCUAUUGAGGUCAGUGAUCAGUGGUCCGUGGUAGUGAAAUAAUCGUGACAGGAAUUGUUAUUUUAAGGAGCUUUCACUUUUAUCUUUUUUUGAAGAAUAUCCUUCGUACAACGGUGGUUCCUAGCCCAUUUGCUAGGAAGAAUGUGACUGUGCGGGCGAAGUGGUGUGGACGGUAGGAGGAGAUAAUUAAAAAUAAUUCCAGCACAAACGGAAAGGACAUUAACGAACUACCAUGAAUUUCUAUCGAAUUGAACAUUUAAUUAUUUUCCUUACUUUAACCUGCAUUGGAUGUUACGUGAAGAGUGCCAGUGCCCAACAAACUACAGAGAAACAUGAGGGAGACAAUGACGUUGUCGACAUUCGACUACCUAAAACAAUCAUUCCUGUUAACUACGACAUUUUACUGAUGCCGUAUUUGAAAGAUGAUUUCCGGUUCGAAGGAGUUGUAAUCAUCGAAGUUUUGGUACAAGAAGACACAGAUACCAUAGUACUCCACCGCGGGGAUAUCGACAUUACAAGAUGGUCUGUAUCGAAUAGUACAGGAUCCAUACUUGUACUACCGAAUACAACUUACGAUCCUACAACAGAAAAAUACACGAUGGUGGUAGACACUGUUUUACAAAGAGGAUCACAUGUAAAUAUCAGCUUCACUUAUGAAGGAAAGUUAAGGGAUGAUAUGAUUGGAUUCUACAAAAGCUCGUAUAUUGACUCAGAUGGACGUAUUAGAUGGCUCGCUGCAACGCAAUUCCAAACAACGCACGCAAGACACGCUUUUCCAUGCUUUGACGAACCGAGCUUCAAAGCGUCGUUUAUAAUCAGGAUUUUACAGCCGUCGGGUUAUAAUUGCUUGAGUAAUAUGCCGUUAGUAGGAUCCACGCUGGAAGGCGAUAAAACUUUUCACGAAUUCGAACAAAGCAUUCCCAUGUCCACGUACCUGGUGGCGUUCAUAAUUUCAGACUUCCGUCCCUUGGGAGUGGGAACCUUCAAUGUUUGGGCCAGACCGAACGCUAUAGAUCAAGCACGAUAUGCGAUAGAGAUUGGUCCAAAAUCCCUUGACUAUCUAGCCAAGUUAUUCAAACAAGACUACCAAAUUUCGAAAAUGGAUAUGGCGGCAGUGCCUGAUUUUUCGGCCGGUGCAAUGGAAAACUGGGGACUGAUCACUUACCGAGAAUCCAGAAUGUUGUAUGAUCAGAGCAUGUCAUCCGAUGCUGCCAAACAGAGCGUCGCAUCGGUAAUUGUCCACGAAUUGACCCACAUGUGGUUUGGAAAUCAAGUUACGCCCGAGUGGUGGGGAUAUUUGUGGCUGAGCGAAGCAUUCGCCAGGUAUUUUCAAUACUUUGGCACUGCACAGAUUGAAAAAACAUGGAACAUGGAGAAACAGUUCAUUGUGGAGCAACAUCAGACUGCUCUCGCAGCAGAUGGUCUUGAAUCAUCGAAGCCAAUGACACGAAACGUCCUUACUCAUUCGCAGAUAGGUGAAACCGGUGACACUAUCACGUAUAACAAAGGAGCAAGUGUCGUUAGAAUGAUGAGCCUUAUUUUCGGUAACGAUUUGUUCGAGGCAGGAUUGCAAAACUACCUAAAAAACAACAAAGAGAAGAAAGUGGCACGGCCUGAGAAUCUGUGGACCGAGUUUCAAAAUGAAUUGAAUCGGCGGGAUCAACAACUCGUUGCACCGGUGGAUGAGAUCAUGACUACUUGGACGGAGCAAGCAGGAUAUCCGGUUCUGUUGGUAGACAUCAAAAAUGGCGUAGCCACUGUACGCCAGAAACGUUUUCUUCUGAGAAAUUUAAAACGCACGCCAACAAAUAUGACAUGGUGGGUUCCCAUCACGUGGGCCAGCAAAAGCAACCCAAAUUUCAAUACUGUCAACGUGACCUACUGGAUGAACAAAGCGGAAGAUACGUUCAAAGUAGGAAACGAUCGUGAAUGGGUGAUACUAAACGUCCAAGCAGCUG